CCAUUUUCUGCUUAUCUCGUGUAUAUACAAUUGGUUUCUCGCAACGUUUGGUAAUUCCAUUGAUUGAUUUCAGAGUUCUGCAAUGGAAUACUUCCAAAAAGCAAAAUCGAUCAGGCUCCGAAGCCACCAUGACAAGUACUUACUAGCCGAGGAAGACCAAGAAUCCGUGUACCAAGAUCGUUCUGGCACGAUUAAGAACGCGAAGUGGACAGUUGAGUUUGUUGAAGGCAUCGAAAAUGUCAUUCGCUUGAGAAGUUGUUAUGGAAAAUACCUUACCGCCACGGAAGAACAAGUCCUUCUGGGCGUGACGGGUCGAAAAGUUCUUCAAACAACUCCGAGAAAAUUGGAUUCAUCAGUUGAAUGGGAGCCAAUUAGAGAUGGGUUCAAAGUGAAGCUCAAAACGAGAUAUGGUAAUUAUUUGCGUGCAAAUGGUGGGUUACCCCCUUGGAGAAAUUCAAUUACAAAUGAUAUACCUCAUAGGCAUCACGAUUGGAUUUUAUGGGAAGUUGAUGUUGUUGAACAACGUCCAGAAUCACCCAAAAAAGUUUCACGAUCCGAGUCUAUUGAUUCUGAUCUGGGUUCUUCUUCUUUUCAUCUUAGGUCACCCAUUUUGUCCAAACUUGAGUCAAGUGAUUCGUUUGAUGGUUCAUCUGUCAAGUCUGAAGGUCGUCUUAUACACUACAAUGUGGUGGAUGACAAUGGAGGUAUUGAUGAUGCCAUUGAAGGGCCUUCGUUCAAUUUUAAAGGGCAUGGUUUAGAGGAAUUGACUGAGAAAUUGGAGGAAGAGACGGGGCUGGAGAACAUAAUUGUGUGUUCCCGCAAUCCAUUGAAUGGGAAGCUUUACCCUCUUCGGCUAGCUCUUCCCCCCAACAAUGCAACUAUGAAUAUUGUUGUAGUUCCCUCAACGUCCAAAGUGGCAGGAGAUUUUGUGCCCGAGACUCCCCCUUCAACGUGAACAAGGCAUACUCACCUGCAUACAUUUAUUUCAUCUACAAAGUCCAAACUGUCGCCUAUACAGAGAAGAUCUAAGCAGUAGCGGUUGUGUUUCACUUCUCCAAUUGCUAGGGAAACAAAUAUUUAUGGGCAGGAGCUGUGCUGGGGUUUUGUAGUUAUUGCAGAGUAUUCAGGGAAAUUGCUGUUAUCCAACAGUAAUAUGUCAGAAGAACUUCUCAAAUGAGUGUUGUAAUUUUCAGGGGACUUUGUGAAUGUAAUCUUCUGAUUGAUUUCUGAAAACAAGAGACUUCUUAUUGGAUGACUCGUAC